AUGUGGAAGACAACCCAAGCCCCCGCCACAGCGUGUGCUGAGACUAUCGCUCUCAGCUCCUUCUUUUACAAAGUUCCUGCUUCAGUCAUUCGAAAUACAACUAAUCAGUUCUCAAUCGACCAAGAAAAUUAUGUCUUGCCUUUCUCUAAAGAGCGUAGGCUAACCGAAGUUCUUGCAUUCCUGGCAAAAGCCAAGGAUGGGCGGGAUCACAUACCUGCAAUUUGCGUUGAACAGAACUCAUCUGGAACAAGUUUAAAUGUCAUUCUAGCCGUCAACAAAAGCACAUAUGGCGAUGGAAAUGAAAUUCUGCAAGACCUGAAAAGAAGUUUUGACAAAAUAUUCCACAUCCUUCAUGAUUCACAUUUUGACAAGUAUGAGAUCCAAAGGGACAUUUUCGCGUCAAUUAUCUCGAUGUGCUCACCGCGAAUACUACAUCGGUUGCGACUCGAGCGGGAGGCAACUAAGACGCCCAUUCAAAAUCUACUGAAGGAGGCGAUAUUUAAUGUUCGACGGAUUAAUUCUCAGAAGCUUCAUAGCAAAGGUCUAUCAGGUACCUCGUCAUCAUUUAUCUCAGAGGCAAACAAGGUCAUACAACUAGUUGAUCGAUGGGUGAAGAACCAAACUCUGGAUAAGCUGGGUGAUCUUGUGGAAGGAAUACAUCACUUGCAACAGACAGCGCCACACUUGUACGAUUUGUUUGACUCGAUUUCGAACAAUCACAUGAAUCCGUCAUUAAGGGCAAGUCUAUUGAACAUCAUCAGAAAGGUCUCAAGAUACUGGGAAUCUGCCAGGCAACUAUAUCGUACGGCAAAGAAAUUUCCAUUGGUCCGAAAUAUGGAAAUUCAAUUGGCAAGCCUGCCCCAGAAGGCAUUCGAGAGUCAAAUAAACCCCAGCGAGUUUUCUGACCUAAAGUCAUGUUUCUCCAGGCUUGGUUUCAUCAAGGGACAACAAUAUAGUGUGUCUCAGUUAUGUCGCAAUUUGAGACUUGAUGAAAAAGCUGCCCGAGCCAGGUAUGAAAGAGCCCAAACGGCUCUUUCAGCACCCAAAAUCCACGCUGAAAUUCAAAUCAUCGCAUUUUGUGAAAUGCAAGCCUCGAAGCUGUUUCCACGAGUGGUUAGUUCAAGCAAGGACGCGUGCUUUCUCUGCAACACUUUCAUUCAACUAUAUGGACGAAUGCAUACGCCAAGAGCCCACAGUCGGCUUUACCCCGGCUGGAGACUCCCCAGUCUUCCACAAUUCAGAGUCCUCCAGCAAAAUCUCAAUAAAAUACUCAUUGAAAAUCUUCAACAGAAUAUUUUGCUAGGCUUAGCUCAAGGGAAACUGCCUGUCCGUCCGCCACCCAAUGAAAGCACUCUUCUUACCUUAUCGGCCUCGGAAACAACGGUGGAGCUCGUCUCGGAGAUCCCAGAAGGAGAAUUUUCUUCAUUGGAUUCGUCUAUUACUCUGUCGGGCGGUUCGCCAAAGCUUGGCCCUUCAUUGGCAACCAACCGACGUUCAAGCACUAGGACUACUUCGGAGAAUUCAUGUACUACACUUUACCCGCCUGAGGGUGGACUG